UUUAUUUAGGUAUUAUUAGGGGCGAACCGAAUGUAACCGAUAUCAAAUCCUCUGACGACUAUUCAAGUAUCUUGGAAGAAAUGACGACAGCCGAAAUUACCGAUUCGUUAUCAACAUUGGAACCACUAAUAUCAACAGAGCAGGUGCAGACAUCACCAGAAGACAUAACAGAAACAGAGGAACCACAGGUGUCAUCAAAGCCAUUAGGUCCAUAUGAGUUCCAAGUUCUUAACGAUGAUACAGGUGAAGUCUGCAUCAAAGCCCACCUGGAAGCUGAAGUGAUUGUACAUUAUAUUUCCUCAAAAAAGACGUCACUGCAACAGGCUACAAUUCCCGUCGACCCUAAAGCCAACGUCGAUGGAUCUUGUAGUUCACAGCAAGCCGUACUCACACUCAAGUGGUCAAAGUUUACUCUCAAAACAACAUUCAAUAUGAUUAACGAUUCGCUGAAAUGUUCGAAUUCAAAGAACGAAAGGUGCUGGAUGCUGACGUCUAUUCAGUUCACGUAUGAUUCCAAUUCCAAAUACUUCAACCACGCUAAAGAUGCACGAGUCAAAAUGGUUCAAUCAAGUGUAAAUAAAGAGUUUUUCCGGACGCCUGACACAAUGUCACAAAGUUGUGACAAAGAUGUUCUUCUGAAGCUGCCGUCCACCAAAGAUAAAAACAAAGAUGAAGUCGAUAUCAAAUUUAUUAAAUUACAGAUUCAACCAUUUAGUCUUAUAAAUAGAAAUCCUCCGAACGAGCCGACAAAGUUUGCAGGUAAGGAAUGCGAAGAAGGUAACGUCGGAUCUCAAAGUGCCGUCUCAGUUGCCGUUGGCGCAACACUUGGCGUAGUUAUUCUUAUCGUUAUCAUUAUUUAUGCUGUCGGCAGAAGGAUUGGCGCCAUCAACGACAGAACUGGUUACAAGUCGGUUGACUGA